AAUAUUUAUACAUUUUCUUUAUUUCAGUUACGUUACAGGGGGUGUAUAAUAAUUAAAUGUUGCGUAAUACGCGAAUAAAAAAGUAUUUGUAUUCAUGCGUCUUCUAGAGAGGGUUUUUUAUCACGUUCAGUGAAUAUUUAUGUAACGCUGGAGCGGAGUCAUGGUUUUGUAACGUGCAGGCGUGUGUAUGUAUAACAGACUGCAGGUUUUUGUUUCAGCAUGACUCAGGUACGUAGAUCUGUGUGUGAAGCUCUGUGGGGCAUGUGUGCCGCUGAUGCCAUGUCUAUGCCAGUUCACUGGUACUACAAUGUCCGGGACAUUAAAUCAGAUUUCAGUGGCUGGAUAACAGAUCUUAACGCACCUAAAGGCCGGCAUCCAUCCAGCAUUCUCACCCUAUCCAAUGCAGCUGGCAGUGGGCGCACUGCUUGGUCGUCAGGCAACAGGCCUCCUGUGGUGGGGAGUGUCAUCCUCCAUGACAAACUUCAGUACUGGAAAACCCCUGGUGGCUCCAUACACUACCAUCAAGGUCUGCAAGCCGGAGAGAAUACGCUGAAUUUACACUGCGCUUUAAGAGUAGCUCAGGUUCUCUCUUCAGGGGGCUUUGUCAGUCUUGUAGAACCUGUAGCCAGGGCAACUGUUCUCUCUGACUACGUCCAGUUCUUGACCACCCCAGGCAGCCACAGCGACACUUACGCAGAAUCCUUCCAUCGAUCCUUCUUCUCUGACUGGCAGGAGCUGCGUCCUACCUCCCCUAGUAAGGUUUUGGACUUCGCAGAGAAACGCUACAAGCAGAUGAUGAAUGCAUCGAUUCCAGACAGCCAGCUUAAUGCUAUUGGCUGUCUUCCCAUGUCCAUUCCAUUUGUACUGCUGUCUGCUACAGCCCCUGAAGAUGAAGCGGUGUCUGCUGCAGUAGAGUUUGUAAAGCUCACACAUCCCUACCCAAAGCUGGAAACAUUCGUAGCAGUGUACGCUGGUGCACUCCAUGCCACACUAAAUGGAGCCUGUCUGAAGCAACAGGCUGAGCGGGCUCUCAGAUCUGCUGAACUUGAUGCCUGGGACACCUGCCAACCGUACAUACAGCAGGCAGAAAGGUUUCCAAGUUCCUCAGAUGAGAGACUGAAGGUCCACCAGAAGGCUGUAGAAGCACUUGGACUUGCCUGCUAUACAAAAGGUGCUCUGAGCAGUCUUUUCUAUUUGGCCUAUGUCUUUCACAAUGAUGUGAAGGGGGGAAUCCUGGCUAACACGAACUGUGGAGGUGAGAACUGUAACAGAGGUGCAGCUCUGGGGGCUCUCCUGGGUGCCAGGGCUGGAUAUGCUGGUGAAGCCGUCCCUCAAGCCUGGAAGGAAAAGCUAAGGACAGCAAAGGAGCAAAUUCCUGUUACCUUGAAGAAUCUGCAAUAAUGGCUGAUGCUAAAGGUCUCUCCGUGUUUGUGCAUGCAUUCUCAGUUUUAUACCAGUUACACAGGAAACGGUGCCCACGAGGAUGUGUGGUUUCUAACCUCCACUGUGCCACCUUCAGUUUACAAAUCAAUCCUCUCCUUGCUACAGAAUAUAAAACCAACCAUAUGAAGGGAGAAGCUUCAAAAAAAAUUUUUUGAUAGUUUUGUAGUUUAUUGAACUAUUGGUAAUGAUAAGUCAAAUUAGUGUUGGUGUAAUGCACACAGUAGCAUAAAACCUAAAAUGUGGAACACACUAUUUUCUCAUGCCUUAUUCUUUUGUGUAGCACUUCUAUAAUUUUAUUAUUUAUACAGUUAUAAAUAUUAUAAAUGAUGUGCCUACUUUUAACAUAAGUGAACUGUACUUUUUUCAUAAAAUCCUAAUAAUUUAAAUUUGUAAUUUUGUAUGAAAGACUUCUGUAAAUAAGUACAAUUGAGUAAUCUACACACGACUUUUCCAAGUUCUUCAGUGAGCAUGAGCAGAAAAGCAAUACGGGACAACUUUCCACUCUUUAAACUUCCCCUCUUAAAUUCAGGAUUAUUUUGAUCUUUUACACAAAUAUUUUUGAACAAACGUUGUGAGAUCAUGUCUGUCUCUGUGGAUCAUUAGGUGGCCAUAACUUUGUUGCUUGUUCUGAUUGUCCUUUCUCGGUCCAGCUGUCAAAGUGCCUGUAAAUUUCUAAGUAAACAAACAUGUACUAAGUAAACAAACAUGCUGGAAAGUGCUGGAUGUUAACCUACACAGAUUUCACUUUUGUUUCUUUACAGUAAACUUAGAUUUCUAAUAUUGUUGUGCAGUUAGCAGAAGAAGGUUGCUAUUAGCUAGCAGUUCGUCCUAUGUAGCUUGUUUUAGCACGGUAAACAUGCAGACUACAGACCAAAAUUCUCUUCUCUGAACAGCAAAAGAGCUAGCACUGCGGUUAGCGGCUAAUGCUAAUACUGCUCCAGUCCCGUGCUGGAGAACUAAACUGAAACUCCUGCACUUCAGCGGAGUGGAUGUAUUGCUCCUUACAACCUGACUGGUAAAUUUCGUACAUAAGGCGCACUGACGAUUUUUGGGAAAAUUAAAGGAUUUUAAGUGCACCUUAUUGUGCAAAAAAUAUGGUGAAUAGUUUAUCAGUGGAUUUGUUGGUCUUCUCCACUAAGACAAAAUGUAACAUGCUUUGCAUUAAUGUGUGACAAAUACAUAUUAGGUCAUUGCCGACAUCAUUCUGAAAGGUUGUUUUUGAAUCAUAUGCAUAUAACUAGUGAUGAUUAGAUUAUUUUAUAUGUUAUCUUUUUGUAUAAGAUAUACAGUUCUGGUCACUUUUUAUUUGUAUUUUUAUUUACCUUUGUUAAUUUUAUAUUACAUUUACCAGCUAUUCUGAAUUUUGUUAAUUGUGAGAACAAUUUUAAAAUGACACAUUAUGCUGUACCUGUUGUAACUGUUAAAUACACAUAAUAAAUCAAAAAUAAAUACACUAAAGGAAUUGGCAUUUCUGUGCCUGAAUCCUUGUGUCACUGUAGUUUAGAUUUCUCCUUAUGAAGAUGUUAUUACCUUGGGCCUAGUAUUCAUUUAUUUAUUCAGAUACAGAUUAGAUACAUGUGUAGGCAACAUUGUAUAACUGCUUUGAAUUGCUUUAUAAUUGAGAAGUGUAUUUGUGCUUCAGACACUCCUAAUGGACACACUUUACAUGUGCAUUUCUGGACAGGCUGAGAUUUACAAAAUAGUCACUGGAAGUGAAAUAAUCAUGUGGACUGAGGUAGUAGAGUAAUAUUAUAGAAUUGUGCAUAAAUAAAAAUGCACAGUUACUGAGUUACAGUAUAGAUAGCAACAUUCUGGACCUGAAGUAGCAAGGACAGCAACGCUAUUCUUCCUAUGUUGCAGGUUAAUGGAGCAUCUUAAUGAUUUUAAAGGUGUUGUUUUAAGGUUAAA